AUGAAAGCGAAACACCCAUUGUGUCUUUGUCGGAUACUCUUUGCGGAGGGAGAGAAUAUCAACAAGCUGGAGAAAGCUGACAUUCUGGAGUUGACGGUGAAGCAUCUUCACAGGAUCACAAGACCCAGGGAUGCGGCCGAGGAUGUGCAUAGGUUCCAGGCGGGUUUCAGCCACUGCGCCAGUGAGGCGUGCGGGUUCCUGCUCUCUCUGCCAGGCCUGGACGCGGACGUUGGUCGUCGUCUCGUCGCUCACCUAGGACAAUGCCUCACCUCGCCUCUCUCAGUCCAGGUCCCUCCUAGGUCCAGAAGCUUCUCACCUCCGAUAUCCCCUCAGGAUCCUCCAGAAGACCUCGCCCCGAGGCUGUCGUCCACCCCGAGCGUCCAGGACCUCUCCCGACCCUUGGAUGGUCUUCUCAUGGUCUCCCCCUCAGGCGAGAGCCACGAGAGGGAAGAAGAAGUGUGGCGUCCUUGGUAGAGCACAAAAUCGCACCUAAGUUUCACGAUGAUCUCAUAUUUUAUUUUCAAUAUAUUAUAUUUUUGUUACAAACUGCACACUACAGGUUAAUUUUUCCGUAUACACCACUGUUUCUCAUGUUUUUUGCGGUGUUGCAAAA